AUGGCCGAAACCGGGGGCGGUUUUCUGGAGCAACUCAAGUCCUGCAUCCUCUGGUCCUGGACGUACUUGUGGACUCUCUGGUUCUUGGCCAUGCUUUUUCUCGUCUACAUCUUGAGGGUCCCUUUAAAGAUCAGUGACAACCUGACUUCAGGGAAAGACUGUGAUUCCACUGCACAUCUACAAAAACAAGUAAUUGGUAGGGACAGAAUGCUGGGUCAACAACAGCAGAAAAUUAUGACAUGCCAUAAGUCACAGGCUGAUCUUUCCAAGCUCUGGAUAGCCUUGCUCCUUGCUCUAUUUGAUCUCCAGCAGCAGCAACAACAUCAGCAUGUUGAGCAAGAGACCCACGCGGUCUCUGGCACAGCCAGGCUGAGAUGGCGUCCCGGGGCCAACGGCUUCAACCAGGACCUUCCGGGAAGCCGUGUUACCAAGUGUUUUGGGAACGGGGCCUUUAUUCUGCUCUCUUUCUUUCUCUGUCCCUUUCUCCAUUUAAAAAUAAAUAAAUUAUCAACUUCCCAAGAUAAUACGGGCCUUGAAGAGCAGGAGAAGGAGAAGAGGCGCCUGGUCAUUGAGAAGUUCCAGAAAGCUCCCUUUGAAGAGAUCGCAGCGCAGUGCGAGACCAAGGCAAACCUCCUCCAUGACCGACUGGCUCAGAUCCUGGAGCUCACCAUUCGGCCCCCUCCCAGCCCUUCGGGGACCCUGACCAUCACGUCCGGCUGCCCCCAUUACCAAUCGGUCCCCGUCUACGAGAUGAAGUUUCCGGAUCUUUGUGUGUAUUGAGGGUCUUCCUCUGCUGGGGAUUGUUUUAGUCUUAGAGCAGAGACUGUGCUAGAGCCCCGGAGGAGUUCCUAAGCUCCCUUCACUCUUGGCCACCUUCUAAUUGAGUUUUCCAAAACGGCCGUGGAUGCGAAGGGCGGUGAACGCUGGGGUCGCACCCGAAAUAUCUUUAUUUUGUACACGGUUCUCCAGGCUGUUGCAAAGAAAAAUGAAGAGCGGAGGAUGGUUUAUUUUGGGGCAGCUGGAAAUAAGGGCGUCCUUAGGUUUACCACUCCACUUUGUCUAGAAGUGACAACUUUCCAAUUCUGGGCUGGCUCGUUUCCUAUCAAAACCUUAAUCCCGAGCACCUUAAAACAACGCGAGGUGGGCACUUGGCUGUCGUUAACUAAAGGAUGCUAAAUGCUAGGCCAGGUUGGAGAACUGGCAUGUGCCCACGGUAGUUAAUCUGAACCAUAGUUUUGCUUUCUCAAAAAUUCUGUGCUUCUGCAAAUAGUUGUCACACGCACUCUUCUGAUAAAAAAAAGGCCUCAUUUUGA